AAGCCGGCGCGGGGCCGAGGACGCGGGCUGCUGCGGCGACGCCUCACGCGCUCCCCUGCGCCUCCCGCAUGGUGCCGGCGGCUCCCUCGGCGUGAGGGACGCGCCGUCCGAGAGGCUCGAGCGCCGGGCUCCCGGAGGCCCGCACUUCCUUGUGCGGCGGCGCCCUGCGCGCGGGCGGGGAUGGCGGCCGCGGGCCCGGGGAGCGGCGGCGCGUCGGCGCCCGGGCCGCUCCUCCUCCUCCUCCUUCUCUUGCUGGGGGCUCCGGCCCGCGUGCAGGCCGGUCCCGAUGAAGACCUCAGCCACCGGAACAAGGAAGCGCUGGCGCCUGCCCAGCAGCUGCAGCCGCAGCCGGCGGCCGUGCAGGGCCCCGAGGAGGUCCGGGCCGAGAAGGGAUUUACCCCAGCAGCCCCAGUUCAUGCCAAUAAAGAAGACCCAGCUGCCCAGACGAACCUGGGAUUCAUCCAUGCGUUUGUGGCAGCCAUAUCCGUUAUCAUCGUCUCUGAGCUGGGUGACAAGACCUUCUUCAUAGCGGCCAUCAUGGCCAUGCGCUAUAACCGACUGACAGUGAUGGCCGGCGCGAUGCUGGCCCUGGGCCUCAUGACCUGCCUGUCGGUGUUGUUUGGCUAUGCCACCACGGUCAUCCCCAGGGUGUACACGUACUACGUGUCCACGGCGUUGUUCGCCAUCUUUGGCAUUCGAAUGCUUCGGGAAGGGUUGAAGAUGAGCCCAGACGAGGGCCAGGAGGAGCUGGAAGAAGUCCAAGCAGAAUUAAAGAAGAAAGAUGAGGAGUUUCAACGAACCAAACUCUUAAACGGCCCAGGAGACGUGGAGGCGGCCACAAGUCCGGUGAUGCCUCAGAAGAGGUGGCUGCAUUUCAUCUCCCCCAUUUUCGUGCAAGCCCUCACCCUGACCUUCCUAGCAGAGUGGGGCGACCGCUCUCAGCUCACCACCAUCGUUUUGGCAGCACGAGAGGACCCCUAUGGCGUGGCGGUGGGUGGCACUGUGGGCCACUGCUUGUGCACAGGGCUGGCCGUCAUCGGGGGCAGGAUGAUCGCCCAGAAGAUCUCCGUGAGAACCGUGACAAUCAUAGGAGGCAUCGUGUUUUUGGCGUUUGCGUUUUCUGCACUAUUUAUAAGUCCUGACUCAGGUUUUUAAGGCUUGUUUGCGCAUCUGGAUUUAGUCUUUACGAUAGGUAGGCUAGGUGACCCUCCGUCUCUGUACAUAGUAUACAUUACAACUAAAUGUGAUGGAAAUACUGUAUUUUGUAGCUUCGUGAAUUUGAUGCUUUUGAUGAAGGUAUGUCCCAAAGAGAUAAUCAUGGAUUCUGUAUUUAACAUGGAUAUUUUAAAGAAACCAGACCCUCCAUGUGGGGGUGCAGCCCUGUGGGGCUGGGGGUCGCCACGAUCCUCAGAGGACUGAGCCCUUGACCGCCGAGGCCUCAGUCUGCUGUAGCAGUUCCCUGGAGAGUCAGUUUCUAUUAAAAAAUCCCUAGCUAGUACACAGUUUAAUCAUAAGUCUUCUGAAAAUUAGAAUCUUGGUUGGAAAGAGAGCAGUAGGACCCAGCAAGAACUCAGUCCUUCCUUCCUGAUUGGGUGGGACACCCAAUAUCAAAACAGUCAAUAUUUGACAAUGUGGAAUUACCAAAUUAGAGGAAUACUAUGAAUGUAUUCAUAUUUUUUCUAUAUUGAAUGAACACUGUAACAUGGCCACAGUGUAAAUAAAGUGGUGCAG